UUCCGGCCGGAAGGCGUUUCCACGGACGCCCAGGAGGCCACCCCUGUCUGAGCCGGCAGCGCUGACGGGCCCGGCUGGGCGGUCUUGUCUGGACCACUGAGCAAAUCUGCCAACACCCUAGCCGGCUGUGAACGCAGGUCCUGGAAAAUGGCAGACGUGCCCAACGGUGAGCAGGGCUGUGGGUCCCCACUGGAGCUGCUCGAGAACAUUGCUGCUCAAGGGGAGCUCGUGAGGGCCCUCAAAGCCAGAAACGCGGCGAAGGAUGAAAUUGAUUCCGCAGUGAAGAUGUUGUUAUCCUUGAAAAUGAGCUACAAAGCUGCCACGGGGGAGGAUUACAAGGCUGACUAUCCUCCAGGGGACCCGGCACCUGGGAGUGAUAGUGGCCUGGAUGCCACAGAAGCAGGCGAGGACUUUGUGGACCCGUGGACAGUACAGACAAGCAGUGCAAAAGGCAUUGACUAUGACAAGCUCAUCGUUCGCUUCGGAAGCAGUAAAAUCGACAAGGAGCUGAUAAACCGAAUAGAGAGAGCCACGGGUCAGAGGCCGCACCACUUCCUGCGCCGGGGAAUCUUCUUCUCACACAGAGACAUGCAUCAAAUUCUUGAUGCCUAUGAAAAUAAGAAACCAUUUUAUCUGUAUACGGGCAGGGGCCCCUCUUCUGAAGCAAUGCACGUAGGUCACCUCAUCCCGUUUAUCUUCACAAAGUGGCUGCAGGAUGUGUUCAACGUGCCCUUGGUCAUCCAGAUGACCGACGACGAGAAGUACCUGUGGAAGGACCUGACCCUGGACCAGGCCUAUGGCUACGCUGUGGAGAACGCCAAGGACAUCAUCGCCUGUGGCUUUGACAUCAAGAAGACUUUCAUCUUCUCUGACCUUGACUACAUGGGGACGAGCCCAGGCUUCUACAAGAACGUGGUGAAGAUACAGAAGCACGUCACCUUCAACCAAGUGAAAGGCAUUUUCGGCUUCACUGACAGUGACUGCAUCGGGAAGAUCAGUUUUCCUGCCAUCCAGGCCGCUCCCUCCUUCAGCAACUCGUUCCCCCAGAUCUUCCGAGACCGGACAGAUGUCCAGUGCCUCAUCCCGUGUGCCAUCGACCAGGACCCAUACUUCAGGAUGACCAGAGACGUGGCCCCCAGGAUCGGCUACCCUAAGCCAGCCCUGCUGCACUCGACCUUCUUCCCCGCCCUGCAGGGGGCCCAGACCAAGAUGAGCGCCAGCGACCCCAACUCCUCCAUCUUCCUCACGGACACAGCCAAGCAGAUCAAGACCAAGGUCAACAAGCACGCGUUCUCCGGAGGCAGAGACACCAUCGAGGAGCACCGGCAGUUUGGGGGCAACUGCGACGUGGACGUGUCCUUCAUGUACCUGACCUUCUUCCUGGAGGAUGACGACCGGCUGGAGCAGAUCAGGAAGGAUUACACCAGCGGGGCCAUGCUCACCGGCGAGCUCAAGACGGAGCUCAUAGAAGUUCUGCAGCCCUUGAUCGCCGAGCACCAGGCCCGGCGCAAGGAGGUCACAGACGAGAUAGUGAAAGAGUUCAUGACUCCCCGGAAGCUGUCCUACGACUUUGAGUAACGCUCACUUUCUGUACACUUACUAAGAGAUGUAAUUUUCCCAGAAUCCCAGCGCAGUCGAAUCACCACUUCCCUUAGGCUGUGUCACACGGUAAUUACUGGCCUGGUGUCUAUAAGCCCUCUGUGUGUAUCAAUGCUGUUUCUUCUGCUGAAUGUCAUCCCCUGUCUCCUGUGAGCAUAACCCUGUGGGGUGAUUGGGUGCCGGGUAAUACUGAGUGGUCACGCAGACAGGUCCAGCUGGAGUCUCUCCCACAAAGCAGCCCCGAGGAUGUGCAGCCUUGGGCUGGAUGUCCACUGGCCAGCCUGUUCAGGUCCACAGGACAGCUCCUGUUUGAAAGCAUCCUACAUCCAAGCAUACUCUUAAACGUGCUCUAUCAAAGAAUAUGUAGUCUAUGUAUGCAUACCUGGAAUCAAGAUGUUAUUAUCAUAAAACCAAAAAGAAGUGCUUUGAAAAGUUGAUGUGUGGAAGCUUAAUGGGCACAAGAGGCAUUUCAGCACAUGCCCCCCCAAAAUUAAAAAAGAAGUGCUGGCCAAAAGCUUUGCUAAACAUUUAACCAAGAGAUCUCUCAGCUUGAAAGCUGCCUUAAACGUUUCUGAAUAUUGGCCAGAGUGGGCCAGUUUUUACUAAAUUGAGUCUUUUGUGGGUGAAACUUCCCAGUUUACGUACUAAACUCCAGACCAUGCAUGUACUGUACUCCAGAAAUCAUGCUGUUUUCCCUGAAUGUACUAAUAUUUUGUUUGCACCAAGUAAUCCUAGACACUCCA